GAGGGGCUCCUCUUAAAGGGGCCGCGCUCCCCGGCCGCGGUCGCGCGGAGGGAAGGUGGUCAGUGUUGAGGGCUGGAAUGGUGAGAGCGUCCGGAGAGAGAGGACGGCCCCGAGAGUCGAGGAUGCGGGCGCGGGGGACGCGUGGGCGGGAGCCAGGCUCCCUGGGAAUCAGGGGUGCGGGCCGAGUCCAGGCUCUCUGAGUGUCGGGGGGCCGCAGAGCUGACCACUUAUUCUCACGGCGGGGACUGGACAUUAGACGCACCGGAGAGGGGGGCUUUGCCAACACACGCCUGCAGCCCCUGCCGGUUAGAAUUCCUCCAAGCCCUCUGACCCCAUCUGACAAAUGGAGAAACUGAGGCUGCUCCCCCAGACCCCACUUGAUGUAAAGAGAGUCCUGGAGUUGGGGGGGUCCCGGAUCCUGGGUCCUAGUUCCCGCCUCAUAUGUGACCUGUGGCGACUCCCUGCCCCUCUGGCGGCCUCGGUUUCCCCAUCUGUACAAUAAUGAAGUAGGCCAGAGCUGGACAGUUCCAGGCAAAGCGCGGGAUCAGGAAUCGCUGGUUCCAGGAGCCUCCAUCGCUGCCCCUUCUCCUAACUCAUUGUCUGGGUCUUGUGGUUCUUCUGAACGAUGAGUAGCACUUGAGGGUGGGCAGAGCUGGGGGGAUUCUGCCUGUCUCUCUGGGGGCCUGGGUGGGCCCCUCUUUCAGCCAGACAGGGAAAAUGUUCAGAACAGAAACCCGGUGCGGGGAAGAGCGGGGGAGAAAGGCGGAUCCUUCCCCGGGUCAGAGAUGAGGCCGGGGGGGGGGGGGGGGGGGGCAGGGGGAGCCCCAAGUGGGGCUUAGGGCGGAGCCGGGUGAUGAAGGGGUUAAGCCGAGGCUCCGCCCCCUGAAGAAUUAGUUGGUAGCCUUUGGGACCCCAGCCACUGCCCUGCAGGGAGCGACAGCCCUGGCAACCAAUCGGAUGCGAGGACGGCUACGGGCCGGGCUCCCAUUGGCUCACUCCACCCCUGGGGGAGGGCGUCCCUUUAAUAAGUGCCCACUAUCUGCCUGGGUCUAGGCAGAGCUUCCAGGAACCCUGCGCGAUGGGAUAGAGGAAUGACGUUCAGAGAGGGACAGGGAGUUGCCCGCAGCCACACAGCACGUCCUCAGCCUGACCCCUCCGUCCUGUCCCCUGUCCCCUGUCCAUUCCCACCAUGGCCUUCGGGACGCAGCUAAUGCUGCUGCUUUGGAAGAAUUUCCUUUAUCGCAGGAGACAGCCGAUCCAGCUCUUGGUGGAGUUGCUGUGGCCUCUCUUUCUCUUCUUUAUCCUGGUGGCCGUCCGCCAUUCCCACCCCCCAUUGGAACAGCACGAAUGCCAUUUCCCCAACAAGCCACUGCCCUCGGCGGGCACCGUGCCAUGGCUCCAGGGCCUUAUCUGCAACAUGAACAACACGUGCUUCCCGCAGCCCACGCCCGGCGAGGAGCCCGGCGUCCUGAGCAACUUCAACGACUCCCUGGUCUCCCGGCUCCUGGCUGAUGCCCGCACUGUGCUGGGGGGCCCCAGGGCCCACAGGAUGCUGGCCAGCCUGGGGAAGCUGAUGCCCACGCUGAGGGCGGCUCGCAGAGCAGCCGGGACUCAGCCAACUGACCGGCCGCAGGAGGGACCGUCCCUGGCCACCGAGCUGCUGGGGACACUGUUUGGAGGGGAAUUCUUGGGGUCCGAGCUGCGCCAAGCCCAGGAGUCUGUGGGCAGCUUCCUGGACGCAGCAGAGGACCUGGCCCAGGAGCUCCUGGCGCUGCCCAGCCUGGCGGAGCUGCGGGGGCUGCUGCAGAGGCUCCGGGGGACAGGCGGCCCCCUGGAGGCGGUGUCAGAAGCCCUCUGCAGUGCCAGGUGGCCCAGCGUCCCUGGGGGCCUCUCCCUCAACUGGUACAAAUCCAGCGACCUGAAGGAGUUCGUGGGGCAGGAGCCGAGGCCGGCCCUACAGGACAGCAGCCUGAGCCCCGCCUGCGCUGAACUGGUGGGGGCCCUGGACACCCACCCUUUGUCCCGCCUGCUCUGGAGGCGCGUGAAGCCGCUGCUCCUCGGGAAACUGCUGUUUGCACCUGACACACCGUUCACCCGGGAGCUCAUGGCCCAGGUAAACCGGACCUUCCAGGAGCUGGCUCUGUUGAAGGACGUCCAGGAGGUGUGGGGUCUGCUGGGCCCUGAGGUCUUCAGCUUCUUGAAUGACAGCGCCAACGUCGCCAUCCUGCAGAGGCUCCUGCAGAUUCCAGACAUGGGAAGGAGGCAGCCAAGACCCGGAGGCCAGGACCGGGCCGAGGCCCUGCGUGCCUUUCUUGACCCCCGUGGGGGCAACUACAGCUGGCAGGACGCCCACGCUGAUGUGGAGCGCCUGGUGGGCGCGCUGGGUCUUAUGAUGGAGUGCGUGACCCUGGACAAGCUGGAGGCGCUGCCCUCGGAGGGUGCCCUGGUGGCGCGGGCCCUGGAGCUGCUCGAUGAGCGCCGCUUCUGGGCAGGCGUCGUCUUCCUGGGGCCCGAGGACCCCGCGGACCCCGCGCCGCUGCCGGGCCCAGGCCACGUGCGCAUCAAGAUCCGCAUGGACAUCGACGACGUCACGAAAACCAAUAAGAUCAGAGACAGGUUUUGGGACCCCGGCCCGGCUGCUGACCCCCUGACCGACCUGCGCUAUGUGUGGGGCGGCUUCGUGUACCUGCAGGACCUGCUGGAGCGCGCGGCCGUGCGCGUGCUCAGUGGCGCCGCGCCCCGCGCCGGCCUCUACCUGCAGCAGAUGCCGUACCCAUGCUACGUGGACGACGCGUUCCUGCGCGUGCUGAGCCGGUCCCUGCCGCUCUUCCUGACGCUGGCCUGGAUCUACUCGGUGGCGCUAACGGUGAAGGCCGUGGUGCGCGAGAAGGAGACGCGGCUGCGCUACACCAUGCGCGCCAUGGGGCUCAGCGGCGCCGUGCUGUGGCUCGGCUGGUUCCUCAGCUGCCUCGGGCCUUUCCUCCUCAGCACCGCGCUGCUCGUGCUGGUGCUCAAGCUCGGGGACAUCCUCCCGUACAGCGACCCGGUCGUGGUCUUCCUGUUCUUGGCGGCCUUCGCCGUGGCCACGGUGGUCCAGAGCUUCUUGCUGAGCGCCUUCUUCUCCCGUGCCAACCUGGCGGCCGCCUGUGGGGGCCUCGCCUACUUCGUGCUCUAUCUGCCCUACGUGCUGUGCGUGGCCUGGCGGGACCAGCUGCCCGUGGGUGGCCGCGUGGCCGCGAGCCUUCUGUCGCCCGUGGCCUUCGGCUUCGGCUGCGAGAGCCUGGCGCUGCUGGAGGAGCGGGGCGAGGGCGCGCGGUGGCACAACAUGGGCACCGGGCCUACGGCCGACGUCUUCAGCCUGGCCCAGGUCUCAGGCCUCCUGCUGUUCGAUGCCGCGCUCUACGGCCUCGCCACUUGGUACCUGGAGGCCGUGUGCCCAGGCCAGUAUGGGAUCCCCGAACCGUGGAACUUUCCUUUUCGGAGAAGCUACUGGUUUGGACCUCGGCCCCCCAAGGAUCUCGCCCCGCCCCCCGCCCUGCAGGACCCGGAGGUUCUGGUGGAAGAGCCGCCGCCUGGCCUGAUUCCGGGGGUCUCCAUCCGGAACUUGGAAAAGCGCUUUCCUGGGAACCCGCAGCCCGCCUUGCGCGGGCUCAGCCUGGACUUCUACCAAGGCCACAUCACCGCCUUCCUGGGCCACAACGGGGCCGGGAAGACCACCACGCUGUCCAUCCUCAGCGGCCUCUUUCCGCCCACUGGUGGCUCCGCCUGCGUCCUGGGCCACGACGUCCGCUCCAGCAUGGCCGCCAUCCGGCCCCACCUGGGCGUCUGCCCGCAGUACAACGUGCUGUUCGACAUGAUGACCGUGGACGAGCACAUCUGGUUCUACGGGCAGUUGAAGGGUCUGAGUGCGGCUGCCGUGGGCCCCGAGCAGGACCGGCUGCUGCAGGACACGGGGCUCGUCCCCAAGCGGCGUGUGGAGACGCGCCACCUGUCCGGUGGGAUGCAGCGGAAGCUUUCAGUGGCCAUCGCCUUUGUGGGUGGCUCCCAGGUCGUUAUCCUGGACGAGCCCACCGCUGGCGUGGACCCUGCUUCUCGCCGCGGUAUUUGGGAGCUGCUGCUCAAAUACCGCGAAGGGCGCACACUGAUCCUCUCCACACAUCACCUGGAUGAGGCGGAGCUCCUGGGAGACCGCGUGGCGGUGGUGGCGGCUGGCCGCUUGUGCUGCUGUGGCUCCCUGCUCUUCCUACGGCGUCACUUCGGCUCUGGCUACUACCUGACACUGGUCAAAGGUCCCCCGCCCCUGGCCACCAGCAAGAAGGGUGACGCCGACUUGGAAGACAGAAGGCAGGAGGAGCCGGGUGGCACGGCCGGGAUGGGCACCUCCUGGGUGACCAAGCCCCUACUCCAGGGAGGCUGGGCCCCACCGCCCCCCGCUGCACCCCCGGCUGCGCCCCGGCUGCUGGCCCUGGUACAGAGCCACGUGCCCGGGGCGCGGCUGGUGGAGGAGCUGCCGCACGAGCUGGUGCUGGCGCUGCCCUACGAGGGCGCCCUGGACGGCAGCUUCGCCGGGCUCUUCCGCGACCUGGACCUGCGGCUGGGGGAGCUGGGGCUGACCGGCUACGGGAUCUCUGACACCGGCCUGGAGGAGAUCUUCCUGAAGGUGAUGGAGGACUGUGCUGGGGACUUGGACCCAAAAGAUGGUGGCCGCAGGCAGCCCCUGGGCACGGACAUUGCUCCCCUGGACGCAGACACUCAGCUCAAGAUCCUGCCGGAGGGGUCAGCCCUGGAGAACGGGGUGCCAGCUGGCUUGGCCCCAGAGACACAGGCCCUGCGGGGCUCCGGGCCGGCCGCCGCAGGCCGUGUGGAGGGCUGGACGCUGGCCCGCCAACAGCUCCGGGCCCUGCUCCUGAAGCGCUUGCUGCUGGCCAGCCGCAGCCGCUGUGGCCUGUUCACCCAGAUGGUGUUGCCGGCCCUGUUUGUGGGGCUGGCGCUGGCGUUCAGCCUCAUCGUGCCGCCGUUCGGACACUACCCGGCCCUGCGGCUCAGCCCCACCAUGUACGGGGCCCAGGUUUCCUUCUUCAGCGAGGACGCCCCUGGGGACCCCGAGCACACCCGCCUGCUGGAGGCGCUGCUGGAGGAGGCAGGAGUGCAGGAGCCGGCCCAGAAGAACGGCUCCCAUGGGUUCUCGGUGCCCGAGGUCCCCCCGGACGUGGCUGCGGUCUUGGCCAGCGGCAACUGGACCCCGGGGUCCCCCUCCCCGGCCUGCCAGUGCAGCCGGCCCGGCGCCCGGCGCCUGCUGCCCGCCUGCCCCGCCGCGGCUGGCGGCCCCCCGCCGCCCCAGGCCCCUGGCAGCUCCGGGGAGCUGGUGCAGAACCUCACCGGCCGCAACCUGUCCGACUUCCUGGUCAAGACCUACCCGCGCCUGGUGCGCCAGGGCUUGAAGACCAAGAAGUGGGUGAACGAGAUCAGGUACGGGGGCUUCUCCCUCGGGGGCCGAGACCCCAGCCUGCCCUCGGGGCACGAGGUGGGCCGCUCGGUGGAGGAGCUGCGGGCGCUGUUGAGUCCCCAGCCCGGCGGGGCCCUUGACCGCCUCCUGAACAACCUCACGGUGUGGGCUCGCGGCCUGGAUGCGCAGGACAGCCUCAAGAUCUGGUUCAACAACAAGGGCUGGCACGCCAUGGUGGCCUUCGUCAACCGGGCCAACAACGCACUUCUACGCGCCCGCCUGCCCCGGGGCCCCGCCCGCCGCGCCCACAGCAUCACCACGCUGAAUCACCCUCUGAACCUCACCAAGGAGCAGCUGUCCGAGGCCACGAUGAUGGCCUCCUCAGUGGACGUGCUCGUGUCCAUCUGUGUGGUCUUCGCCAUGUCUUUCGUCCCGGCCAGCUUCACUCUCGUCCUCAUCGAGGAGCGCGUCACGGGAGCCAAACACCUGCAGUUCAUGGGGGGCCUGCCCCCUACUCUCUACUGGCUCAGCAACUUCCUCUGGGACAUGUGUAACUACUUGGUGCCGGCGUGCAUCGUGGUGCUCAUCUUCCUGGCCUUCCAGCAGAAGGCAUACGUGGCGCCCGCCAACCUGCCCGCCCUCCUGCUGCUGCUCUUACUGUACGGCUGGUCGAUCACGCCGCUCAUGUACCCGGCUUCCUUCUGCUUCUCCGUGCCCAGCACGGCCUACGUGCUGCUCACCUGCGUCAACCUCUUCAUCGGCAUCAACGGCAGCAUGGCCACCUUCGUGCUCGAGCUCUUCUCCGAUGAGAAGCUGCAGGACGUGAGCCGGAUCCUGAAACGAGUCUUCCUCAUCUUCCCCCACUUCUGCCUGGGCCGGGGGCUCAUCGACAUGGUGCGGAACCAGGCCAUGGCCGACGCCUUCGAGCGCUUUGGAAAUGGGGAUUUCCAGUCGCCCCUGCGCUGGGAGGUGGUCGGCAAGAACCUCUUGGCCAUGGUGGUGCAGGGGCCCCUCUUCCUCCUCUUCACACUCCUGCUCCAGCACCGGAACCGCCUCCUGUCAAGACCCAAGCUGAAGCCACUGCCGCCCCUGGGGGAGGAGGACGAGGACGUGGCCCGUGAGCGGGAGCGGGUGGUCCGAGGGGCCACCGAGGGGGACAUAUUGGUGCUGCGGGACCUGACCAAGGUGUACCCCAGGCAGAGGACACCCGCUGUUGACCGCCUGUGCCUGGGGAUCCCCCCCGGUGAGUGUUUCGGGCUGCUGGGCGUGAACGGAGCCGGGAAAACCUCCACGUUUCGCAUGGUGACCGGGGACAUGCUGCCCAGCGGGGGCGAGGCCGUGCUGGCCGGCCACAGCGUGGCCCAGGAGCCGGCCGCCGCGCACCGCCGCAUGGGCUACUGCCCGCAGUCGGACGCCGUCUUCGAGCUGCUGACCGGCCGGGAGCACCUGGAGCUGUUCGCGCGCCUGCGCGGCGUCCCCGAGGCGCAGGUCGCCCAGACGGCGAGCUUGGGCCUGGCGCGCCUGGGGCUCCCGCAGUACGCGGACCGGCCCGCGGGCACCUACAGCGGCGGCAACAAGCGGAAGCUGGCGACGGCCGUGGCGCUGGUGGGGGACCCGGCCGUGGUCUUUCUGGAUGAGCCGACCACCGGCAUGGACCCCAGCACGCGGCGCUUCCUCUGGAACAGCCUCCUGGCCGUGGUGCGGGAGGGCCGCUCCGUGGUGCUCACCUCGCACAGCAUGGAGGAGUGCGAGGCGCUGUGCACGCGCCUGGCGGUCGUGGUGAACGGGCGGUUCCGCUGCCUGGGCAGCGCGCAGCACCUCAAGGGCCGGUUCGGGGCCGGCCACACGCUGACCCUGCGGGUGCCCGCGGCGCGGGCCGAGCCGGCGGCGGCCUUCGUGGCGGCGGCGUUCCCGGGGUCCGAGCUGCGCGAGGCGCACGGCGGCCGCCUGCGCUUCCAGCUGCCGCCGGGAGGGCGCUGCGCCCUGUGGCGCGUCUUUGGAGAGCUGGCGGCGCACGGCGCGGAGCAGGGCGUGGAGGACUUCUCUGUGAGCCAGACCACGCUGGAGGAGGUAUUCCUAUACUUCUCCAAGGACCAGGGGAAGGAAGAGGACGACGAGGAGGAGCAGGAGGCAGGAGUCGGGGUGGACGCUGUGCCAGGCCCGCAGCGCCCCGGAUUCAUCACCCAGUUCCUCAAUGACACCAGCACGACCGAGACAGUGCUCUGAGCCUCCUCUGUGGGGCCGGUGGGUGGGGGGCCCCUGGGAGUGACACAGGCAGGGCAGAGUGGCUGGAGCCCGGACCCAGGCUCCCAGAGGGGCCGCUACCACGGAGGAAAUAAAGAGGAGCUGAGGUGUGAAACUGUG